AUGGCAGAUAUUCAAAGACCCACUGGUAUGGUCUACCCUGACCUACCACGAGAAGAAAGCAAUUUACGGAGUGCGAUGAUGCGCGAGUUAUUUUCACAAAGAGAACGAGAGUAUAUUGGUUACUCAUCUGAUAUUGCUGAGAACAAUAAUGCUGAAAUUGAAGAGCAGGGCAACAUAAUUACGAGGGAAACAUCACUAAUAAUUAAUGGAGUUAGUCGUAUAUCAAAUGGCGUUUUUUUUAGUGAUGACGAGACAACUUCUAGCUUAAGCGAAUUGUCGUCGGAUCAUGAUUCGAGCUUGGAUAGUAUAGACAGCUUGGAUAAUUGCCGAAAUUCCGUUGUUGAUGCUUCGGAAAACAUUCAAAACGAUUCUAAUGGCUCAGAAAAUGGGCAAAAUUCUACGUUUGACGGAUCAGAAAAAAAUCCAAAAAUACAAUUUAAUGGGUCUAAUAGAGGCUCAAAUUACAAUGAUUCUGACAGAGACUCAAUAGAACCUUAUUAUGAUAAUUAUGAAACUAAUAAUAUUAAUGGUGUUUCAUCCGAUGGAUUGAUAUCACCAUCUUUCACGCUACCACAAGAUCAAAUGUCAUGUACAACAUCACAAAAUCUAGAAAUAUGUUCGAGCAGUGUAAGUAGAUAUCAAGAAAAUAUUGAGUGUGAGAACGGUGAGAACGGUAAUUGUGGGUCCGAAAAAAGUUUAGGAGAAAAAUAUAGUAGUGAGAAUGAAAGUAAUUACGAAGAAAGUGAAGAUGAGCUACCUGCUUUGAGCGUUAUACAAGCAAAAAUUGAUGAAUUAGCUAAAUGGAAAAAAGACGUAUGGGCACGUUUACGUGAACAAUCUGAAAGCUCAUCUACUCCUGAACCGAAAGCAGAGAAUGGUAUGCCUGUUGAUAUAUCAGCAAGUCUUUCAACACCCAAAGUUGAAAACGAUGAUGUGUCCAUAAAAAUACUGCCAGAAGAUGGAUCGAGAUCAACAACUUCAAUACAGCAAGAUGAAACAAACCUAAUAGCCCCAUAUCAUCAUACAAACGAAUCGGUUGAUUCGAAUCCAAUGCUUACAAAUAAUGAGUCAAAAGGUUCAAAUUCCGUACCAUACUAUGAACGAUCUGAAUCAAUGACCUUUUCAAAUCGAGCACGAAAUGAAUCGACAGCCUUUUCAAAUCAUGAGAGAAAUGAGUUUAGUCCUCUUCAUGAGCGAUUAGAUAGAAAAUUUUUUCCAGUUAGUGAACGAUUUGAAUCUUUUCUUUAUUCAACUUAUGAACGUGAUUCAAGACUCUUUUUCGACGAUCGUUAUGAUACAAGGCCUUAUUCUGAUGAUCGAUAUGAAACGUUCCUUUAUGGGAACAGUGAACGAAACGAUUCAUGUCGUUUUCCCAGUCAUGAAAGGAACGAUCCAGGACGUUUUUUAAAUCAUGAACGGCUAGAUCCGAGUGGUCCUUUACUUAACAGACAAGAUGUUGAUAUUACGGCUUUUCAUCAACAAUUACCUCCCGCGAUGAAACGUCAUAAUGAGCAAAAUCCAUCUCUAGGUCCAUUGCAUAAGAGAUCACGGCAUAUGCCUAAUGGAUUUCAUUAUGAUCCUAUGAAUCAUGGUCCUAACAAUGGCAUAUAUGGUCCACCGCCAACAGGUCCAAGUGGAAUGUCCGGAAGUGGCAUGAUGGGUCGCGGAAGAGACGAUCAAUAUCAUCAUUAUUAUCAUAGGAACGAUUAUCGACCUCCGCCACCCUACUUUGAUCGACAAGGACCUUAUGGACGAGGUCAUAUGAAUAAUAUUUCACGACGCCCUAUAGGUGGACCAUCAAGACCUCUAUCUCGGCCGCAAGAACGUCCACGCGGCAGAUAUUAA